UGCUGCGGGACAGUGGACAGUGAUCAGAUGAGUGUGAGCAGAGCACAGAGUCCUGCUGUCUCUCGGCCAUGGCCUGUCUGAUGGCAGCCUGGUCCGUCCACAACCCCACCGUCACCAACUCCAUCAUCAUGAACACCAACGGGCCCCCGGACCUCAUGUUGGACCCCCGGACGGUGUGCGUUUGUUUGGACGAGGUGGUCAACAAGCGGCCGGCGGGCGGCCAGCAGAUGCCGCUGCUGCAGGGACACCUGAAGAAGGUGGACAACAACCUGACGGAGGCCCAGAGGUUCUCCUCGUUACCACGGAGACCAGCGGUCAACAUCGAGUUCAAGGACGUCUCGUACUCCAUCAGAGAGGGACCCUGGUGGAGGAAGAAAGGUACUGCAGCGCAUCCGAACACACCUGAACACACCUGAGCAUACCUGAACACACCUGAGAACACCUGAGAACACCUGAACACA